UUUGAAUCCAGGACCAUACCGUCUCCGAGCACUUAGUUGAGCAAAAGCGUCUCCGAGUACUGCAGCAAGUACGUCACUCACGCUCUGCGCUCACCACGCUCUCUCGUCGGCUGCCCAUUCAUUCCCAUCCGCUUCUGAUCCAACAGCGGCAUGGAUGCCAAGGUUCUCAGCCAUUCCCUCACUACUAACUCCACACCUAGUAAGAGUUAUGUUCCGUCACAACGUUACUGCACAGCGCCGAAUGUGGAGAUUGGAGAAUCGAAAACGAACCUCAUCAUAAAUUAUUUGCCUCAGGGCAUGACACAAGAAGAGGUCAGAUCGUUGUUCUCUAGUGUCGGUGAGAUCGAAUCCUGCAAGCUGGUUCGAGAUAAAAUGACAGGCCAGAGUCUUGGUUAUGGUUUUGUUAACUAUUGUCGCGAAGACGACGCCCUCAAGGCCGUCUCCUCCUUCAACGGACUGCGGCUCCAGAACAAGACGAUCAAGGUUUCUUAUGCUCGACCAAGUAAUGAAAACAUCAAAGGAUCGAAUCUUUACGUAUCUGGUAUACCAAAAUCCAUGACUUUGAAUGAAUUGGAAGCUAUUUUCCGACCAUUCGGACAAAUUAUCACAUCACGAAUAUUGUCGGAUAAUAUCACAGGUUUAUCGAAAGGUGUAGGAUUUGUGCGUUUCGAUAAGAAAGAGGAAGCAGAGCUUGCCAUACAAACUCUGAACGGUACGGUACCAGCCGGCUGUGUAGAUCAAAUCACUGUAAAAUUUGCCAACAAUCCUGCCACCAACACUGCCAAGAGUGUGCUUCAAGAGCUCGAGGCUGUUCAACAAGUGGCUGCGUCUAAUCUUAUGCCCCUUACCUUGCUCAGUGCAGCAGCACCCCUUCGGUCCGCCAUCGGACCCAUUCAUCAUGCCCCUCUUGCUGCCAAAUAUCGGUAUUCUCCCCUUGCCACCGCAUUACCUGGAACCGCUCCAGCUGUCACUGCUCAAGCUACUGCGGAUUACCUCACGACAAUGCUGCAGAUGAGCCAGAUGAAUGCCCUCGCCGGAAUGGCUGCUGCUGCUGCGCCUACGGCUAAUCCUCUAGCUGCAUUGGCUCCGGCUGCGGCUACGACCGAACCAGCUGGGUUCUGCCUUUUCGCAUAUAAUUUGAGCCCUGACACAGAGGAUAGCCUUCUUUGGCAGCUUUUUGGCCCAUUCGGAGCCGUGCUCAGUGUUAAGGUGAUUCGGGAUUUCGCGACGACGAAGUGUAAAGGCUACGCGUUCGUGACGAUGAUGAACUAUGCGGAUGCGUGUAAUGCGAUAGCGGCUCUAAACGGUACCCAAAUCGCCGGACGAUCACUGCAGGUGACGUUCAAAGCUGCUUCGGCAGCAAGCUCGUUGAUAUGAUGUCGACCAUAUCUGUGCUGUGCAAUCGGUUAAACGGAUCAAGUGUCUAUUCAAAUAUCAUUACCCAUAAAGUGCCCUAUAUAGUGAAUUUACUGAAAAUUGCCUGUCUUAUGUGAGAAAUAUGUGCGUUCUUUUUCCAACAUGUGCUAAUUUCCUCUUGCUCUCGGAUUCUUCGAUUCCUGAUUAGUGUUCGCGUAAGUGUAUCUACCUAGAGCUGUCUGUGUGUGUAACCAAAGCAGUCGAAACUAGUCCUCCAUCAUCCAUAUCUGGUCCCGUGAUUAUACUUGAGCUUUCUCAGCAGCUUUACCGCGCAACGACUGCAACGUUGCUGAGAUUCUUCUCUCUCUCUAUCAGAGCGAUUCUUCUCCUUCAGAUUUUUUUUAGCAAGCGCAAGCUCCGGCAGAUCUCACCGUCUGCUCUUCGUGUCCACUCUUCCACACCUCCUGCACGUGUUGCGAUUACUCUUCCCAGUAUUGAACGGUCUUGUCAGAAAUUUCUGGUUCUCUCUGUGUUUUUUCAGAUUUUUUCGCCAAGCGUUUUUCUCUCUUGUUUUCGUCUUUGUAUCAUAGUUUCUCAGCGAUGGGUAUGUGAGCCAAAUGCAUAUUUUACUUGCACGUUGUGAUACGAAUCCCAGAAGAUUGCUAUCAUUGCUAAUGAUUUAAUAAAAGAGAAUGUGUCAACUAAACGUCGCCAAGCAGAAUGUUUGCUUCAGUGUGGAGAUUUAGUUCCGCUUUUAUAGAGGCCAAAUCUAUGUUGCACUUGGUUAUAUUCAGUUUUUCGUUCAUACUUUUUUUGGUUUUUUUACAUGGUUUAUGCGUCGUAUAUGUGGAUUGUUCCUUGCAUGUAGCCAUUUGCUUUUUAUAAAUCUUGCC